AUGUCUUCCCAUCCGGGAGUGAAGGUACGAGAGAAUCUGGACACGGUGUACGUCUCGGUGGAGGCGGCCAUCGCCCUCGCGUCAGUGGUGGGCAACGUGCUGGUAGUGCUGGUGGUGUGCGUGAACCGCGCCUUGCGGAACACCACUUUUUGCUUCAUUGUGUCCCUGGCGGUGGCCGACAUUGCUGUGGGUGUUUUGGUGAUUCCGCUAGCCGUCACCAUCAGCUUGGGGAUCAGUACACAAUUCUACACGUGCCUGUUCCUGUCCUGUCUGCUGGUGAUCAUCACUCAGGGUUCCAUUUUGUCACUGCUCGCCAUUGCUGUUGACCGAUACUUGAGGGUCAAGAUACCCACCAGGUACAGCACCAUCGUGACGCAGAGGCGUGCGUACGUGGCCGUUUGCUUGUGCUGGGUGGUCUCCUUUCUGGUGGGCCUGGUGCCAAUGGUGGGCUGGAACAACCGCCAAGUUCUGGGCAACCUGAGCAACUCCGACUACAUGGUGUGCCAAUUUACUGCUGUCAUGCGAAUGGACUACAUGGUCUACUUCAACUUUUUUGGUUGGGUGGUAGCACCCCUAGCUGUCAUGAUCGCGUUGUAUGCCGAGAUCUUCCGUGUCAUCCGCCGGCAGCUCAACCGGCGGGCCGAAGCCACGUCAGAUGGCGACCGCUACUACCGGAAAGAGCUCAAGCUAGCCAAGUCGCUGGCGUUGGUGGUGUUGCUAUUCGCCGUGUGCUGGCUGCCGCUUCACAUCGUCAACUGUGUCGACUUUUUCCACCCUGGUCGCCCCACGCCAAAGAUGGCCGUGUACACCGGAAUUUUUAUGUCGCACGUCAACUCUGCUCUCAACCCGCUUGUGUAUGCCUUUCGGAUUAAGCGAUUUCGGGUCACGCUAGUGGAGGUAGCGCGGGGAUGCUUGGCGUGCCGUGGAUGCGCGGUGGCCAGCCCGUAUCCGGGUUGCCCACCACCAGCGCUAGCUGAAAAAGCUGAUGCAGGCUUGACGCAAGACGAGAAAAACUCUGUAAUGUCUGACACACAUGGAGUCGGCGGAGAUCAUCAAGUGGAAUCUCCCGAAUCGGAUACAGACGAAGCGGAAGCAGCCUUGCUGCACUUUGGAAAAUACAACGAAGUCCGGCGGGCGCGUCCGUGGCAGCAGUGGAGCUUCAGAGAGAAGGCCACAUAUUAUGUCGACCGCUUUUUCUUCGGCUUCCUUGUCAUUUUCCUGAUUGUGCUACUGACCGAGUGUGCGUACAAAAUGUGGUAUGUGACCAACGUGAGGAGGAUUGUGGAGUAUGCGUCUGACGCCAUUGUCUUUCUCUUUGACUGGCUCCAUGCUCAGGAGGGACACAAAGAGCUGGCUGAACUCUGA